CUCUCCUCCUCGUCUCCGUGUGUGAUGCGUUCAGGGUCCUCUCGGUGGUUCCGGAGAACCUGCGGUCGGUGUGUUUUUUUCUUCUUUGUUUUUCAUGUUUUCAGGAUGUCAUCAAUUAAAGAUGGCGGAUGAAUAAUUGAUGCUCCGGUUGUAGUUUUGUCGUCCACGUGACCCUCCGCAGCUCUACUCUCCUCACGUCACUUCACGUCGCUUCAUUCAGAGUCGGAGCGCACGAGGUGACAGACGGAGGAUGCGCGAGACGGCGACAUCAUGCACGAGCUGCUGGAGACCGAGACCGCCCCCGUCCUGACCAACACGACUUCCAUUUUGUGUCAGAAGCCGUUUGACGAUGGCCGCCUCCCGCUCAUGCUGCUGUACAGCGGCGUGCUGGCGGUGGGACUUCCUGCUAACCUCCUGACCCUCUACCUCACCUGGCUGCAGGUGCGCAGGAGCAACGUGCUGGGCGUGUACCUGUGGAGCCUGUCACUGUGCGACCUCACCUACCUGUGCACGCUGCCGCUGUGGACGCUGUACGUGAGCGCGGGUCACGUGUGGCCGUGGAGCUCGGUGGCGUGUAAGCUAACGGGCUACAUCUUCUUCACCAACAUGUACGUCAGCAUCUUCCUGCUCUGCUGCGUGUCCUGCGACCGCUACGUCGCCGUCGUCUACAGCGUGGAGUCCCGUGGCCUGCGACGCCAACGCCACGCCUUCCUCAUCGUCGUCGCCAUGGUGCUGCUGGUCGCUGUCGGCCACGUGCCCGUCUUCACCAUGAGGGAGGGGGACGCCGCGCAGGGCCAACGCCGCUGCUUCGAGCCGGGUCAGAGCAGCGCCACGGUGACGGGCUUCAACUACGCCCGCUUCGUGGUCGGGUUCCUGAUCCCGCUGCUCGUACUGGUGGCGACCAACCGCGGGAUCCUGGUGAACGUGCAGAGCAGCACGGGGCUGCGGCGCGAGCAGAAGGAGCGCGUGCGCUGGCUGGCGACGGCGGUGGUGGUCCUCUUCCUGGUCUGCUUCGCCCCGUAUCACCUGAUCCUGCUGGUGCGCGCCGUCCUCUUCCACUUCCCGCGCCUGGAGGACGGCACCUGUCUGUUCGAGACCACCGUGUACACUCCGUACACCAUCUCGCUCGGCCUGUCCACCGUCAACAGCGCCGUCAACCCCAUCCUCUACGUCCUGUCCAGCGACAACAUCCGCAAGGAGCUGCGCCGCGGCCUCGCCGACCUCUGUGACCGCGCCCACCUGAGGACGCGAUCCGACAGCAGCCAGAACAAGAUCCAGCCCACCAGGAACUCCUCGGAGCUGAACCCGGGAACCGAGAUGGACAGACCCCCGGGACCAGCAGAGACCUGCAGACCGGCUGGACUGGACUCUGAGGUGUUAGUUCCACCGGUCUAACCAGCGGGGGAGGGGCGGUGUGUCGUGAAGGGGUCGCUGCAGGUAUCAGGACUCCACUGAGGAGCUCGGAUCAACAAACAGACAAAAUCAAUAGAUAACAGAGUUUCAGAUAAAAACUGAUGAGCAGGUUUUAACCUUAAAUAAAUAAGUGACGACCUCAGACGAGACACGGCGCUUCCUGCUGGUCAGACGUGAACUUUACAGAUUUUAAAAAACCUGUUUCUGUAAAUAAAGUCAAACAAAGUUCAUACAAAACA